GCUUCACGAUGAAACCCCCAAAGACGAUAAUGACGGCGGGGGAGGAACCAACCAUGCCACGAGCCACUUCUAUGCUCCAAUGGUGGCGUAGAUGGACGGUUUUGGUCGCUGCUAUCUGGAUUCAAGCCUUCACCGGUACUAACUUCGAUUUCUCUGCCUACUCUUCCGACAUGAAGUCGUCCAUGGGGGUUUCUCAAUCGCGCCUUAAUUACAUGGCCGUUGCUUCUGACCUCGGCAAAGCAUUGGGCUGGUCCUCUGGUUUCGCCAUUGCGUAUUUCCCUGUCUCCGCCGUGCUUUUCGCUGCCGCCGCUAUGGGACUCCUCGGUUACGGCGUCCAGUGGUUAUCCAUCGCCGAUGUCAUCGAUCUCCCUUACUCUCUCGUUCUUGUUUGCUGCUCCUUCGCCGGAUUGAGCAUCUGCUGGUUCAACACCGUCUGCUUCAUCCUCUGCGUUCGUCAUUUCGAAGCGAACCACUCGCUCGCCUUGUCUCUCGUCGUCAGUUUCAACGGUAUCAGUGCUGCGUUGUACACGCUUGGCCAUGAAGCAAUUAGUGGCAAAUCAUCGGCGAGCUCUGACAUCUACCUUCUCCUUAACUCUCUCAUCCCUCUCAUCGUCUCUGUUUUAGCCCUUUGGCCGGUCCUUACCGACCCUCAUGAUUCCGAUCCCAGCUGCCGAACCCAUGACGAAGUCCGAGUCUUUAUCGUCUUUAAUGUCUUCGCCUUGAUCACAUGCUUUUACCUUCUCUUGCCUUCCUCAGGCACCUACUUAGCUUCAUCGCCUCGUUGGCAUUUCCUCGGGGCCAUUUUCCUUCUCCUUUUCCCGUUAUGCGUACCGUUUCUGGACUAUGUUCACCGCGCUCUCCAGUCCCUUGGCAGCUCUGGCUAUGCAGUGGUUGACAUAGAGGAGCCCAAGAUCCUCAACAACGUGACCUUGGAUCAUCGGACGAGCAAUGCGGAGGAGGGGUGUGGUAAAGUGAGACUAGGGGAUGAACAUUCUCUCGGAUUUCUGGUUCGUAGUUUUGAGUUUUGGCUAUACUACGUAGCUUAUUUCUGCGGCGGCACGAUCGGUCUUGUUUAUAGCAACAACUUAGGACAGAUCGCUCAGUCUCUAGGACAAAGCAGCUCGAAAGCUAAAUCCUUAGUCACGCUCUUCUCUGCUUUCUCCUUUCUCGGAAGAUUGCUAUCAUCUGCACCUGACUUCACACGCAAGAAACUAGACUACUUGACAAGGACAGGAUGGUUCACGAUAUCGCUAAUGCCAACACCUAUAGCCUUCUUCAUCCUGGCGUAUUCACCAAAGACCAACCAGACAGCGCUGUUAGAAGUGGCUACAGGGCUAAUCGGAUUAAGCUCGGGGUUUGUGUUUGCGGCAGCAGUUUCCAUAACUUCGGACCUCUUUGGACGCAACAGUGUGGGUGUCAACCAGAACAUCCUGAUCACAAACAUUCCAAUAGGAUCGCUCUUCUAUGGGUACAUGGCUGGGACAGUAUAUGACACGAAUGCGAGCAGGAUAGGGAAGAAAAGUGUGUUAACAGAGUCGGUAGUUUGCGUAGGAAGUAAAUGCUAUUUCGUAACGUUUUUGUUUUGGGGUUUUCUGUCGGUUAUGGGAUUCGUGUGUAGCUUGUUUCUCUUUAUAAGAACCAGACCGGUUUAUCACCGGUUAGGAAAGAACAGAAUUUAA